AUGGACCUGAAUGUUUCACCAAAACCCGAAGAAGACGAUGAACCCUUUAAGAGACGUCUGGAAGUCGAAGAUCAUCGAAUUGAAUCUGCAGUUGAGAUCGCAAGACGUGAGCGUGAAGAAAGAAGGAAACGAAUGAGAGUAGAGAGACCAUCCCGAAUCUCUCAGCCACUGUUCCGUGAUCAGUAUCAUCAGAACAGAGAUACUAGAGUUUAUGAUCAAAUCAAGAUCCCUCAAGGUUGGCUAGAUUGUCCUGGUUUUGGUCUGGAGAUAGGAUGCAUUAUUCCUUCAAAGGUUCCGCUUAGUGAAUCGUACAACGAACAUGUUCCUCCUGGCAAAAGAUACUCUUUUAAGCAGGUGGUUCGUAACCAGAGAAUAAAUGGAAGAAAUCUUGGUCUUGUGAUUGAUCUAACAAAUACAACUCGUUACUAUCAUACACUAGACUUAAAGAAGGACGGCAUCAAACAUGUUAAGAUUGCAUGCAGAGGUCGUGAUGCCGUGCCAGAUAAUGUAUCUGUUAACACUUUUGUCAAUGAGGUUAAUCAGUUUAUCCUUACUCAAAAACACACAAAAAAGUAUAUCCUUGUCCACUGUACACAUGGGCAUAAUCGGACAGGGUUCAUGAUUGUUCAUUAUCUUAUGCGCUCUACGCUGAUGAUGAACGUUACACAGGCAUUGAAAAUGUUCUCUGAUGCUCGUCCACCUGGAAUUUAUAAAGCAGAUUAUAUCGAUGCUUUAUACACUUUUUAUCACGAAAUAAAGCCGAAAAAUGUUACUUGCCCACCAACUCCUGAAUGGAAAAUAUCUACGGAGCUUGACCUUAAUGGCGAAGCAGUUCAAGAUGAUGAUGACGAUAAUUCUCCACCCGACCCUCUACAUGAAACAAAUCAGGAGAAUGUGAAGAUGUCAAAUGAUGACAAUUUGGGCGAUGAAAUACCUCGUUAUCAGGAGGAAGCUUACCGGCAAUUCUGUUAUAAUAUGCUUAAGAUGAAUAUCGGGGAAAGACGAUGUACGCAAUUCCCUGGAUCGCACCCCGUAUCUUUAGACAGGGAGAGUUUGCAACUUUUGAGACAGCGGUACUAUUAUGCGACAUGGAAGGCAGAUGGAACGCGUUAUAUGAUGCUUAUGACUAUAGAUGGAUGUUAUUUAAUAGAUAGGAACUUUAAGUUUCGAAGGACACAAAUGCGGUUUCCCUGUAGGCACCAAACUAAAGGAAUUUCUGAUAAAGUGCACCAUUACACUUUGCUUGAUGGAGAAAUGGUUAUAGAUAACACCGAGGGUGAAAAAGGGCAAGCGAGGAGGAGGUACCUCGUAUAUGAUAUGGUAGCAAUCAAUGGCGAAUCAGUCGCAGAGAGGACUUUCUGUGAAAGAUGGAACAUGGCUUUACAUGAGGUGAUCAAAGUCCGUAAUGACGAGAAGUCCAAAAGUCAUUGCUACAUAUACGACCUUGAGCCAUUUGGGGUACGGAUAAAGGGUUUUUGGGUACUUUCUACUGUUGAGAAGAUUUUGAAAGCUACCAUUCCGUCGCUUUCACAUGAAUCAGAUGGCCUAAUAUUGCAGGGUUGGGACGAUCCUUAUGUACCACGAACUCAUAAAGGUCUACUAAAGUGGAAGUAUGCGGAAAUGAACUCAGUAGACUUUCUGUUCGAGAUGGGCGACGAUUCAGGUCGUGGAAUGCUCUUUUUGUAUGAAAGAGGGAAGAAAAAGCUUAUGGAAGGCUAUUUGAUUGAGUUCCGAGAUGAUGGGUCGGAGCCUUCAAGUUACAAUGGGAAGAUUGUAGAGUGUUCAUUGGAUAAAGAGAAGAAAGUUUGGGUUAGCAUGCGGAUCAGAGUUGAUAAAUCUACGCCAAAUGAUAUUAACACCGCUCGUAAGGUGAUAAAAAGCAUAAAUGAUAACAUAACCGAGGAAGUGUUGCUUCGGGAGAUCAAAGAUAUCAUUCGUCUCCCAAUGUACUCUGAUCGUAUUCGAAAUGAUAGUCAAGUCGCACGUCGAAAAUAG